AUAUCACUCAUCCUCUAUACUCUUUUAUCAUUGUUCUAAACUUACGAAAGACAAUAUAAUAAGAAUUUAAAUUUGAAGAAAAGAAAUACGUAGGACUAGGCAGUAUGGUCGUAAGACUGUCCUCUAAGGUGAAGAAAAAAAAAAAAAAAAAAAUAUGCUUCUAAAUUGUUUUAAUCAACGAAAAACAAAAUAAGUAGAAAGUGAAUUCGUGGUUUUCUGUAUAUUUUGUAGUGCAACAAUGGGACGCCGCAAAUCGAAAAGAAAGCCUCCGCCAAAGCGCAAAGCGAUCGAGCCGUUGGACCAGCAGUUUAACUGUCCGUUUUGUAAUCACGAAAAGUCCUGUGAAGUAAAAAUGGAUCGAGCUAAAAAUACGGCAAUGAUACAGUGCAGAGUUUGUUUAGAAGACUUCCAGACAACAACAAAUGUACUGUCUGAGCCCAUAGAUGUUUAUAAUGACUGGGUGGAUGCCUGCGAGAGCGCCAACUAAGUUAAUAAUUUUGUAUUUUAAGUUUUAAUAAUUACUUAUAUAUACUUAAAAACUCACUUUUUAUUUGUAAGUCAUCUUUGAGUAAAAUAAAUAAUUGAACCAUUUUAAUUGGUACUAUUAUGGUUUGAAAUGCUGUUA